AAAACAUCGAGCGAGCGGACGCUGGCGAGGGGCAAUGCUUUGGCUAAUGUCUUCAGGACGAAGGAAGCCGAGGGCUGGGGGCCGCAGCCCGGCGGAGCAUGACCAGUCGAGGGCCGAUGGAUCCGCCACGAGGGGGUCCAGAGUGCUGGCCGGGGCCACCGGGUUACUUCCCACUCAUCCUUCGCUUCCAGGAUGGGGGCCAUGCGGCGGUCGUAGAUACUCCCCUACUCUCUGCCUCGGCUGAACUUGUGCCGGUUUCGAAAGUAGUAGCGGGCUUAGGUCGGCCAGUCGCGAUAGGGCAGUGCCCAUCGAACGUAAAAGCACCACAGCUCCCUCCCACUGGGUGGUGGGACAUACCGACUCAUCUUUGCCUCGAUGAAAACACCGCCAUCCCCUCCUAUCCCCAUCGCCGUGAUUGGAAUCGGCUGUCGUCUCUCCGGGGAUGUAGCUGACACGGAAGGGCUUUGGCGCCUGCUGUCCACCGGGCAGGAUACGUGGAGCGAUGUGCCAUCCGACCGGUUCGCGUGGGAAUCCUUUGACCACGCGAGUCGGCAGGCGCCGGGCUCCUACCGGCAUCGUGGCGGACACUUCCUCGCCGGCGAUGUCGCGGCCUUCGACGCCGAUUUCUUCGGCAUCUCGGCCCUCGAGGCACAGGCCAUGGACCCCCAGCACCGCCAUGCCCUGGAGGUGGCGUACGAGGCCCUCGAGAAUGCCGGCCUGAGACUCGAGCAGCUUCGGGGGAGCGACACGGGGGUCUUCGUGGCGACCUUCACGCGCGACUACGAGAACAUGCUGUACAAAGAUCCCCUCUCCCUGCCGAAAUAUGCGAUGACGGGCCUGGGACCGGCCAUCGCCUCCAGUCGCAUCUCCUACGUGUUCGACCUGCGUGGGCCCUCGGUCACCCUGGACACGGGCUGCUCGGGGAGUCUCGUUGCCCUGCAUCAGGCCUGUCAGAGCCUGCAACUCGGGGAGACGACCCUCGCGCUGGCGGGGGGGACGAGUCUGAUGCUGAACCCCGAUACGAUGGUGCCCAUGCACCAACUGCACUUCCUCAAUCCCCAGGGACGGAGUUUGGCCUUUGAUGCGGAGGGGUCCGGGUAUGGCCGCGGCGAAGGGGUGACGAUGGUCGUUCUGAAGCGUCUGGACGAUGCGAUGCGCGAUAGGGAUCCCAUCCGGGGUAUCAUCCGUGGCACCGCCGUGGGUCAGGAUGGUCGCACCCAGGGCAUUACAGCUCCCAGUAUGCACGCUCAAAGAGGUCUGAUCGAGUCGAUAUACCGGUCCACCGGACUGGCCACCGGCGGCACUGCAUAUGUGGAAGCCCAUGGCACGGGGACGGUGAAGGGGGAUGUCACCGAGAUCGAGGCCCUCCACGCGGCCUUUUGCGCGGGGCGAACGACGAGCGAGCCGCUGCAUGUCGGAUCGAUCAAGGCCAAUGUGGGACACACGGAAAGCGCCAGCGGACUCGCGGGUCUGAUCAAAGCCAUCCUCGUGCUGGAGAAAGGGUGGAUUCCGCCCACGCCGAGCGUCCAGCACCUCCGCUCGCAGCUGGUGCCCUAUCAGAGUCGGAUUGCCAUUUCAGGCACCCAGAUGACCCCGUUCCCCAGCCAUGCGAUUCGGCGAGCCAGUGUAAACUCGUUCGCAUAUGGAGGAACGAAUGCCCAUGUGAUCGUGGACGGCGCACCGGCUUGCAGUGAAGCCAGUGCGGUCACGAAGGGCGUGGACAGCCCGAACCCGCCUGUGCCACGGCUCUUCGUUCUGUCCGCGCACUCGCGGGCGUCGCUACAAGCCAAGAUGAGUCGAGUUCAGGACUGGCUUCGUGAGCAGGGCGCCAGCCUGUCUCUUCGGGACCUGGCCUACACGCUGGUCCAUCGACGGUCCCUUCUGCCCUGGCGGUUCACCUGGGUCGGAGCCACCCCGGAGGAGGUUUCGGCAGGCCUGCAGGGGGGACACAGCCAGGACUUGACCCGCUCCCCACGGCACAGCCGCCUCGUGUUUCUCUUCACCGGACAGGGAGCGCAGUGGUAUGCCAUGGGGCGCGAACUCCUCCCGGUCUCGACCUUCCACCAGUCGGUGCAGACUUCCCGGGUCAUUCUCACGCGCCUGGGGGCGCGAUGGGAUCUCCUGGAGGAAUUGGGCCGGACGAAGGAGGCCUCGCGGCUGAGCGACAGCACCAUCGGGCAGCCGGCCACCACGGCCCUGCAAAUCGCGCUGGUACAGACCCUGCGCCACGUGGGUCUGCAACCCGCGGCCGUGCUGGGCCAUUCCAGUGGCGAGAUUGCCGCGGCAUAUACGGUGGGCGCGAUCAGUCACGAGACAGCCCUUCGCGUCUCCUACGAGCGGGGCCUGGUCGCGCAGCCCAGUCAAUCGGGGACCUUGACGAAGGGGGCCAUGCUGGCCGUCGGGCUGGGAGAGGAAGCGGUGCAGCCCUAUCUGGCUUCCGUGACCACCGGGUUGCUGGUCGUGGCGUGCGCCAACAGUCCCACCAGCGUCACGGUCUCUGGCGAUGUAACCGCGGUCGAGGAAUUACAGGCGACCUUGUCGACCCUGGAGCCCCCCGUGCCCUUCACCCGGCUGAGGGUAGACACGGCCUAUCACUCCCAUCACAUGCAGCGCGUGGCCGGGGUCUACCGCUGCGCUCUUGGGGAAUUGCCCCCCGUCGUCCCCGUCCACCAUCCCAUCCCAUUUUUCUCCUCGGUCACCGCACAGCGGAAACCCCAUGGAUUCGAUGCAUGGUACUGGGUCGACAACAUGGUGUCCAAGGUGGACUUCCACGGGGCCUUGACCGCGUUAUCGCAGCAGCUCACGGUGGAGAUGCCCGAUACGCAUCAUCACUACCUGGAAAUCGGACCCCAUGGGGCACUGAGCGCGUAUGUGCAUGAGACCCUAGGUCUCUCGGACGGUCAAUCCCACUCGUAUACCCCGACUCUUACCCGCAAUCGACCCGCCGACCUGUCCCUCCUCCGAGCCGUGGGCUCCGUCCUCGAACACGGGUCCUGUCUCGACCCAACGACAGCAGCACCCCUCCACCACUCCUCCGACCCCGUGUCCCCUCCGGAUGUCCUCACCAACCUACCGGGCUACACGUGGGACCAUUCCCGCAGCUACUGGGCGGAAUCCCGUCUCAGCCGCCGCCAUCGCCUCCGACCCCAUGCCUACCACGACCUCUGCGGCCUCCGCUGCCCCGACGACACCCUCCUGGAACCCCGGUUCCGCCAUCUCCUGAGCACCCACAGUCUCCCGUGGCUCUGCGACCACCGGGUGGACGGGGCCAUCAUCUUCCCGGGCGCUGGAUAUCUCGCCAUGGCCCUCGAAGCCAAGCGGCAGGUGACCCAGGCGCGCUGCCACCCCCGCCCCCCGUCGAUCACCCGGUACCUAUUCCGCGAUGUCUCUUUCACCAAACUGCUGGAAAUCCCCCCGACCGGCGACGAGAUCGAGCUGCUGCUGAGUUUCCGCAACUCCGACGAUCCCAAUGCUGAUGCCGGUGAUCCCGUCACCGCGUGGGAAGAGUUCCGCAUGUCGUCGGUCACUUCCUCUGGGAGUGCCACCCACCACUGUCGGGGGUGGAUCCGGGUGGAGGUUCUGGCGCCUACCGAACAGCAGCAGCAAUCGGAUGCCAUGGGGGAGACCUUGACCCCCCUCCUCACGGACGGCACGCUCCACCCCUGGAAUCCUCAAUCCCUCUACGCGGGCCUCCGCAGCGGCGGCCACUACUGGGGCCCCUCCUUUGCCCGGAUCACCCGCUUCCGCGGCCAUGAGAGGGCCGCGACGGGGACGAUUGUCAUCCCGCAUAUGGCGGAAUCCAUGCCCGACCAGCACCUGCAGCCGCACACCAUUCAUCCGGCCACCUUAGAUGCCGUGAUCCAUUCCACCUUGCUGCUCUUUAGUCGGGCCUGCGGUCGCAGCGUCAUGUUUCCUGUCCACGUGGGUGCGUUGGCGGUCUCGGCGGGGAUCCGGCGGGCGCCCGGGGAGGAGCUGGAGUUUGGGGCUCGGAUUGAGCCAGGGGCGGGGCGAGACCAGACGGAGAUGGCGGUGGUGGCCUGGCAGCGGAAUGCCGACGGCGAGCGGGAGGUUUGUCUGGAGUUGCGGGCGGGCCGCCUGAAGGGGACGGCGGAGAAGGCGGAGAAGGCGGAGACCGAUGCCGCCCCAUCACUGUGCUUCGAGGAGAUCCAAUGGAGGUGCGAUGUUGAUGUUGACUCAGGAGCAUUGGACAGGCAGCCUGUGGGAUCUGGGGAGGAAGCAGCAGAGGAAGGGGCAUUUGGCCGGCUCACUCGCUACUUGAACGCUCGCACGCAGCAGAUGGCGCGAGCCGGCGUGUCGAGUGUCACGGACGACGAGGUGGCGCCCCAGCAUCGGCGGUACUUUGCCUGGUUGAAGGAGCUCGCCCACCGGGGAGCUGCCCGCCCCGAUAUACCAGCGGAGCCCAUGGACCAGCCCUCGGGUGCCGAAGCGCAGACCCUCGACCUCAUCCAGGCGCACCUCCGCCCCCUGCUGCUGGGCGAGACCGCCGCCAUCGCCCUCCUCCUCGAGCACGAGGAUCUCCUGCGACGACUCUACGCCACCGACUGGUCGGCCUCGCGCUGUUAUCCCCAGCUGCACACCUAUCUUUCCCAUCUGGCCUUCAAGCGACCGGGGCUGCGCAUCCUCGAGAUUGGCGCCGGCACGGGCGGAGCCACCCUACCGUUACUGGAAGCCCUCUGCCCGCGACCCGACACGACGUCCACAGCCCAUCCGGACGCCAUUGCCAGCUACCACUUCACCGACAUCUCGGCUGGCUUCUUCUCUCAAGCCCAAGCCACCCUCCACCCCUGGCAGUCAAUCCUCACCUACCAAACCUUAGACAUCGGUCAAGACCCCCUCGCGCAGGGGUUUGAGCCGCAUGCCUACGACGUCGUGUUCGCGUACAAUUCGCUCCAUGUCACCGACUCGGUCGACAUGGCCAUCGCCCAUGCUCGCCGGUUGCUGAAGCCCGGGGGACGAUUGGUGCUCCUGGAGAUGACCGUGCUGCAUGACUUUGUCAACGCCAUUUACGGUCUCUUUCCGGGAUGGUAUCGGGAUCGGAGCGAUGGGCGAGUGGCGGCGCCAUUGUUGGCGGUGGGGGAGUGGCAGGACCGCUUGCACCGGGGUGGCUUCCGGGGGCUCCCGGUGGUGUGGCAUGAUUUUGAGGGCAGGGAUGCCCGGCGCACGAGCUUGUUGGUAGCGACAGCGGAUGGCUCCGGGGGCAGCGGUGGACUCGCCGAAGUGGAUUCCAGCCGACCCGUGGAGUUGGCGGUGGUGGGAGGCCAUCUGGCUCGAGUCCCCGGGCUGGAGCUAGCGUUGAGGGCCCGUGGGGUGAGGAUGAAUGAUCCAAUCCCUUGGGAAGGAUACAUGGGGGAUGCGACGGUGGCGACUAUGUUGUCGGACCGAGGCGAUACUGUGGUUAUCGCGUUCAGUGGCGAUGUUGUGGAUGGGGCCACUGCGGUAGACACCAUGUCAUUCACGAUUCGAGGCAUUCUGUUGAUCGUGCCACCCUAUCCGGAUCGCCGAGAAGGAUACAGAGCACCGGAGACCGUGCCUGGCCAGUCCGGUCACCCUACGAUUCCCGUGCUUACCCUCCAGCUCUGCGGGGAUAUCUCGGGCCAUGUCGCAGCCAUCGCACAGCAGGCCGUGGACCUCAUGAGAUCUCGGUUCGGGGAAUCGACGAUGACGACGACCGAGAGCGCUGCACCAGACAAUUUCUACGUGUCCACGGCGGGACAAAUACUAAUUCCUCGCCUGGUACCACGACAGAGCCUGGUUCAGGGCACGGGCAGCAGUGAUCGCCCACCUGCAUCUUCCCGGGCCGUAGCUGGCUCGGGAACUACUCUGCAAAAGACCUUUUUGGUCCGAGGCAAGCUCGACGAGACUACGACCCGUCUGGUGCAAUACCUCAAUACCCGAGGGGUCUUGGAGAUUGUCAUACACGCCACGCAGAACAUACCCGAUCGAUUGCGGCAGGAUUUUGAGGGCCAGCUCUGGAUUCGGGGAAUCACCGGGGUGCAUGUUUUGGACGUCGAGCCGGGAACAGACGGUCAAGAGUUAGUUCGACAGCUUCCCUCGCUGCAGUCGUCAGCUGUUGGGUGUGUUCUUGUUGGAGAGGAUCAUCAGUAUGUUACCGCACUCCAGCCAGCGGUCGAGGUUCGCACGAUCAUCCAAUUGCAGGACGUGGUCCAGCUUUCCGGGGAAAACUUGCCGUUGCCCUUGGGUAACGUUAUCUCGAUAUACCUCCCCCUCGACACGGCGACCGCAGCACUCACUUCGCGCGAGUUCGAGGCCCUUGCCGACUACGCUCUGACUCGGCAGAGAAGUACAAUUGUCGUGGCCGGUCUCAAUACGCGGGGCCCUAAUGACAAGAAUGAUGCAUUCUGGAGUCAUCAGUCCACCGCAAUUGCCCCCACGGCGAAAACCGACAACGACACUGCAAAGCCUGCUCUUCCCGCGGUGCCCGUGGAGGAAGAAAUCCAAGAUGCCAAGACUCCGCAAGAUGCGCGUCGCAUCGCUCAUCACCUCGUCCGCGAGUUCCUAUCGACGCUGAUCGCCCUGGAUCCAAACGCGAUCACUGCGCACGCAUCGGUGGAAGAGCUGGGGCUGGACUCUUUCAUGGUCUUUCGCAUGCGCAACUGGAUCUUUGGGACCUUCAAGGCCACAUUGAAACCGAAAGAAAUUUCCGACUCGGCCAACGUGGAUCGCCUGGUGUCCACCAUUUUGGAGCGAACUCGCUUCCGCGACUGGGAGGCAGGCAAGGAGCAAAAGGAGGAGCUAGCUAGCGCGGCGACGGUCAUUGCCCCGCAUGCUCGAAGUGAGUCUCUGCCCCGUCAACCUCUCCCGGCCCUGUCCACCUCCCUGGACGGCUACUUGGCCGCGGUCGAGUCCUUUUGCACCCCCGCCGAAUUGGCCCGCACGCGCGCGGAGAUCGCUCACUUCCAAUCGCCCGAGGGUCUGGGGGUGGAACUACAACGACGCCUGCAAGCGCAGGCCCACAGCCGACCGACGGACAGUUGGCUCGCCGACCUGUACAUGGAACGGCGCUUCUUGGCCCUGCGGUCUUCGCUCGUGGGUUAUCAGACCUACUUUGGGACACACCCGCCCGGAGGACCGGUUUCGCCCGCGGAAAAGGCCGCCUUGCUGACCUGGACGACGGGGCAGUUUCAGCGCCAGUUGGAGUCGGGGGAGUUGGAGACGCAGUACGUCUCCGGGCAGGCGGUGGAUCCCGAAUCCUAUCACUGGCAAUUUAAUGCCUGUCGGGUGCCACAGAAGGGGUUGGAUCGGAUCGAAAAAUACAGCUUUGCAGAGCACAGUCAUAUUGCGGUAUUCCGACGAGGGCAUGCCUUCGCCGUCCCGCUGGUGGACGGGGACGGCUUUCUGCCCGUGGAGGCUCUCCAGGCCCGCUUCCAAACCAUCCUCGAUCUGCCCUUGGAAGCAUCCGCUCUGAGCCUUCUGACCGCGGAUGGCCGAGAACAAUGGGCAGAGCAUCGAAGCCAGCUGCUCCAGUCCGGGGAGCAUAACGCCGCCUCCAUCCGCCUGAUCGAAGCGGCCGCGUUCAUCGUGUGUCUGGAUGAGACCAGCCCGGAGACCCCCUCCGCCCGCUUCCGCCAAUUCCUCUUGGCUGACAGUGGGAACCGCUGGUUCGACAAGACGCUGCAGAUUGUCGUGUGUCCGAAUGGCACCUCGGCCUCGGUCAUGGAACAUUCUCAUCUUGACGGCCUCUCCGUCGGGCCUCUGCACGCCGCCCUGAACCGGGCAAUUGAUACUUACCAGCCCCGUCCCUCCCGUCCCUCCCCUCUGCCAGCGGACAGUAUCACUCCGCUGCCCAUCACGCUCCCCUCGCACAUUGCAUCCUAUCUGCCCACAUUAUCCCAGGCCCUCCAGAUCCGCUUCGCCUCGACCACCUUUGCCUCCCUGACCCUCUGCGACACUUUGCUGCCGGCCUUCUGCAACGCCCACCGACUCCCCUUCCAGGGCACUCUGCAACUGGCCUUUCAACUAGCUGCCCGCCGCUUUUAUGGCUACACGCCCCCCGCCACGGAAACCGUCUCCAUGUCGCAUUUCCGCCACGGCCGCGUGGACGUGAACGCUAUUAUCCACCCGAAAAUGCUUCACUUCCUCGAUGUCGCUUCCUCCUCUUUUGCCCCCUCCGCUUCUUCCACCUCUUCUUCUCCCAUCUCGGCUUCCCCCACCUCCUCUUCUUCCUCGGCCCAGCUCCGCAGCCCCCCCGAUUCCCAACAUCACCCCCUAGACAGAGCCGAGCUCCGGCGCCAUGCCCUAGCCGCCACCAAAGAACACACCCUGCACCUGAACCGGGUCUGCCACGGCCGCGGCUACAACCGUCACCUCCUGGCCCUGGAAUGGAUGCUGUCCCCGGAGGAAGACCGCCCGACUUUCUUCCAGGACCCGUCCUACCGGAAGAGUCAACCGGGGCGGGUCCUCACCAGUAGCUUCGCGACCGGCUGGCUCGAGGGCGGCUUCGUCUACCCACCGGCGGAGAGUAUCUUGGUGUAUUGGGAGGUGCUCGAGGAGGAGGCGCGGCUGCGAUUCUCCAUCUUUGGGAAUGGAGUCGAUGCGGAGGGGUAUGGUCGGUGCUUGGAGGACGCGGCGAGAGAGGUGCAGGCGAUUUUGUGUGAGGCUCCGACCUCACAUGCCCUACACAUGACCAGUCCCAGGUAACCACUAACUAUUAUCAAAAAACGACCAGCUACUAAAUAAAACUUACUAAAUCUAAAAGAACCUUGUAUAAAUAUAUCAAAAAUCAUUUUAUCAGUAUUAAAAUUUAUUUUUAAACAGAAGAAACUUAUUAAGUA